AAAAUCCCCCAGGGCCACUUCGUUUUUGUUUCUGCUUUAUGAUCAUUACAUACAGCUGCGCCCAAAAAAAUUAUUAACAAAUUGAAAAAUGCCUUUUUUUCACUUCAGUGUACUGAUCCCCAACAACCAGUGUACGAAGUGUCAGGAACCACUGCCUACUUGAACAAGAAUGGAAGCCAGCUCGCACCUGAACACGUCGCCGAGACCGGAUUAACGUAAUCGGGGAACAGGCACGCGAUCGAGUCGCGGGUAGUGAAAAUGGGGGUGAAGAUACGGUAGUUGGGAAUGUCAAUAAGUUUCUCGUCAUUCCCACUGGUUACACUGGACAUCCUAAGAAGGGACAUUUAAUAUUUGAUGCCUGCUUUGAAAGCGAGAGUAAUUUUUAAUAUUGUCAACUUCAGCAAAACGAAGAGCCUGUACAGAGAUGGAAUGACACCAGUUGUGAAAUCUACAAGCAGAUCAAAAUGGCAACGACUUCCUUCAAAAAAUGUCUAUUACUACCGCUGUCCAGAUCAUCGGAAAAAUUACGUUAUGUCAUUCGCCUUUUGCUUCGAUCGGGAUAAUGAGGUUUACCAGUUUGCUUACUGUUAUCCUUACACCUAUACUCGCCUGCAACAUUACCUAGAUAACCUGGAGAGAAGGAAUAUGGAUUACUUCAAAAGAGAUUUGCUUGGUCUAAGUGUGCAACAACGGCGUCUUGACCUCUUGACUAUAACAAACCCUGUAAAUCUCAAUCCAGGAGUAGAACAAAAGAUUGUUUUCAUCACAGCCCGUGUACACCCUGGGGAAUCACCUGCAUCGUUUGUGUGUCAGGGUUUUAUUGAUUUUCUUGUCAGCCAGCACUCAGUUGCCAAGGCUCUCCGGGAUGUUCUGGUCUUUAAAAUAGUACCAAUGCUCAAUCCUGAUGGAGUAUUUUUGGGUAACUAUAGGUGCUCUUUAAUGGGGUUUGAUUUAAAUCGACACUGGCAGGAUCCCUCUGCUUGGGCUCAUCCUACACUUUAUGGCGUAAAGCAGCUAAUUGUACAAAUGUAUGAUAAUCCGAAAGCAAGCAUGGAAUUCUACAUUGACAUCCAUGCACAUUCAACUAUGAUGAAUGGAUUUAUGUAUGGAAACAUCUUUGAGGAUGAAGAGAGAUUCCAGAGACAAGCAGUCUUUCCCCGGCUUCUCUGCCAAAACGCUGAGGAUUUUUCAUUUUCCAGUACUUGCUUUAACCGAGAUGCAGUGAAGGCAGGCACAGGACGCCGCUUCCUUGGUGGUCUUCUGGAUGACACCUCCUACUGCUACACAUUGGAAGUUUCCUUUUACAGUUAUGUAGUAGGAGGAACUACCAGCACAGUUCCUUACACAGAAGAUGCCUAUAUGAAACUUGGAAACAACUUGGCUCGAACAUUCAUGGAUUACUACAAAACAAAUAAUGUGGCCAGUACGAAAUCUUUAGCAUCAGUAGCAACCUUCAGCCGAGAAAAAUCACCUGGCCUCAGACACACAAACCAUCAGAGCAACGAAAACAGCUCAGAAAACAGCAAGACAACAGUCACUGGAGCCCGGGCACAAGAAAUAAAUCGAAAAGAUUUUCGCUCCCAGGCAUCAUAACAAUCUUUUAAACAGCUGUGAAAAGAGCAUAAUGUGGUAAAGCGGUCCAGAUAUAUCAUCAGAAGAGAAGAAAUAUUUAUGUGAUCAUAUUCACUUCCAACUUAAAUCUUAAUACUUGUGGUUAUCAGCACCUUCUUGAAGCUCUUGAAGGUUUAUGUAUUGCAGAUUUGAAAGUUUGUAGGUUAAAUGCAGUAAGUAUUUAAAAGAGAGAAUCUUUGGGCUGCAGUGAAUUUCAAUCUGCACAAGUGCCUCUCAUCUCUACAUUUCUGUAAAAAGGGAAGUUGAAUGAUAGCUAACGCGUGGAAUUAACCUUCCCAUGACAUGGAUUAACAUGCAAUAGAUUAAAGUGUUUGCCUAAAUUACCAUAUUUAAAUUGUUUCCAUGGUUAAAACUUUAAUUUUUAGAACAUUUUUGAGAAAAAUUUAUUCUGAUACAAAGCUUCACAGUAGCUUUUGUUGAACUCUUCUGCACAUUUUAUGUUGCUUUUGACAUAAAAGUUCGAUAAACCAUUUGAACAGUUAAACGUUUUGAAAUAAAGUCUGGCAAUGACUUCUUUCUUCUUUAAUCCCUCUUAGUAGAUUAUUUUCUCAAGAACAGCUCUAAGGCUGAAAAUUGUUGAUCUUCAUUUUGGCAAAGUAUUCAAGUACUGGAGUAAGCAGGCAAAUACAUAUUUUCAAAUUUUAUACCCAUCACACUCACUUAUGUGGCAAAAGAAUAGUAUUCAUUUUUAGGUUCCUUUAUAUUUCUUUCCACAUGAGAGACAGAUCCUCUAAUGUCAGACAUAUGCUUUUGAACUCAAAGUCCAAUAUCGACUGACUGGUUUACUUUUUUUCACUCUGAGGAAAUGCCUUGCCUCCACAAACAGUCCAGAUGAACUGCUGAACUAAGCCUCCAGGAAAUAUGGGUGAUACACCUACCUUUAUUAUGCAUUAUGCAGUCCUUUCAACAAAUUAAUAUGUUGCAUAAUAAAUUACCCUCUAGUAUGAAAUUUAGAAUUAUAAGAUUCAAUAUUUCUUUUCUUCAUGUUCAAACUCACUUGCAUGCUUUUAUUGAGUUAAUUUUGAGAAAUUGUCUGCAUGAAGCACAAUAUAGCAGGAGACUUCACAAUAGAGAUAGAAGAUUUGUCCCACACAUCAAUACUGUACUUUAUGUAAAUCUAUUAGAGGAGUAUUACUAUGAGUUCAUAUUGAAUGUAGGCAUCUUAACUUCAUGGCUACAGCAAGCAUAGCUGUGGAAGAAAUCAGUAAUUAAUGCAAUAGGCAAAAUCCACUAACUAAGAAAAUAAUAGAUUAACUUUUAAGAAAGUCAUGAGUUUGAUUCUGAGGGUUAUCAUUCAUGCCAUUGAGGAUUCAUGUUGUACCAAUGUGGUUCAUCCUAGGGGAAAGAUCUAUUAAUCACAACAUAUCUUGCUUGCUUGAAAUCCAUUACUUGUAUAGCAUUUAAAGUGAGGUAUUGACAGAAUGGUGGUGAAAUUUGUGGACUCCUAAGGCAGUUUAUUUUGCAUGAUUAAAACAAAAGAUUUUCUGUUUUCAGUGUAAUUCCAUUUGCUGAUGAUUGGUUCUAUAGCACAAAUUCCACGCAGUAAAUGUAGUACUCUUUCUGUUAUAAUGUGACCAAUUUUAACUUGGGCUGCCUGGCAGGAAAUUGGUGGUAAUGGCCAUUAAUGCCCUUGUUACCUGAAUCCUGCUGUCUGCUUGACCACCACCAUUUUAUCAGGGACCUAUAGAAUAAGGCAGGAAGCCCAUUAAAGUAUGCAAAUUAGUGCCCCUAUUCAAUCAUAGAACUUUAUUUGCAGUUUCCAUGUCUGAAUGAACAGACAUGUACAAUGUUUCUUCUGCCCACUUGAGUUGGGUGAUUAGUGGCCUAAUCAGCAGCUGGCCCAGGAGGUCACUCAUAAAGCAGUUUAGAAAUUGUAUAAUUGUAUAAAUUUCCUUUCCACGAGGCUAAAAUGAGCAGGAAUACAUUUCCUUGGCUGACAAACAAAAAAUGUUUUUGCUGCUGCUACCAAAUCGUCCACGGCCAGUCUGGAGUACAGCUGUCUCAAAUGUUCGUCCAUCAGAUCAAUGUUGCUGUAGAGUGAUUUUCCCAUCCAUCUGAACUGGCAAACUGCAAUGGGACUCCUAUGUUUCAUGCCUGCAACUCAAUGGCAGAACAUAAGUAAGAGCAAAAUCAUGAAAUGACUCAACCUGCUUCCACACUGUAGGGAUUCUUUGAUUCCAGGCAAGAAUUGUUGAACUGCAAUCUUGUCCCAUUGCCUACCUACUUCUUAGUGCAGUUAAAAUUGGUGCUAAUCAAUUAAUACGAUAGCAUACUUAAAUGUGCGUUCUGGAUCUAUUAUGCUGGACAGAGCAUGUGGGAUGAAAUUCUGGCAGAUUUAUGGAUAUAUUGCAACAGAAUGCUUGAAAUUGAAUCUUAUUUUAAAUUUCUGCAUCUGGAGACGUCCUCCCCAGAGCAUUUUCGUCACCUCAGUUUAUUACAAACAGGAAAAUCCAUUGCUUUUGCAGUAAUUUAUCUAAUUCAAAUAACUGAGGACGUUGUGAACCGAAAACUCUCAGUAAAUAUGAAUUUUGGACAUAUUUGUAUACAUAGUUUGUCAUGCUGAAAUGAUUAGAAAUGUGGGAUGAUAGGUAUUGUAAACAACACUGUGGAAUUUAACCUGAAUUACAGUUAUUUCCUUUCUUUUAUGCUUGAUGAGUUUUGAGAAAACAACUUGUACCUAAAAUGACAUUAAAAUGUAUUUCAAGAUCAAUUUUUAAAAAACAAUCAAUGUCCUUUUUAGUAUAUUUCUAAGUCAUCUGCUAUGAAUGCAAUUAGAAAGGAAACCAUAGAAAAUGAAUUCAGUUGCUUGAAUUCUGGAAGUUAUUUCAUUAUACUACAUGAUGUAUUAUUGUGAAGGUAAGCUGACUCUUAAAUAUGAUUGUCAAACUGUCUGCAAAACUUUAAUUUAUAUUUAACUGGAGAUUAUGAUUCUUAACAAAAUACAUGAAUUCCCUCAGACCAGCCCAAAGACAUUUAAGAUUACAGGAAGGAAACAUAUAUUUUAAAAAUCUCUGUAUGGAGCAUAUUUUAACAUAGCAGUUUCCUCUAAUGAAUCAGCUAUGAUCUUAUUUAGAUUUGAAGGUUUAGACUUGGAAAUAUGAUUUUUUAAAUGGAUACAGACAGAAAAUUUGUUUCAUUUAGGUGUUCAUAGAUAUAUUUGCUUAUUUAAACUGCAGUGUAUCCUCAAAAAAUUCUAGUAUUUGCACGGUCUCUGUGCACCUUUCCCUUCACAAGGUUGUAAUAAAUGUAACAUUUAUAUUCAAUAUAUUGAGCCCUUACACUAUUGACUGUGUACAGAUUGUUGCAGUGGGAUGUUGGAGAUUUUUUUGGCAUCUUUAUUGUAUUUACAGUUUUUUUGAAAUGAUAAAAUCAUUUCUUGUAACCAAGUAGGCAAUACCAUUAAAAGGAUACAUGGGGAAAAUCAUUCACUGUUUAAAUGUCAUUGCCAUACUAUUUGGACCUUUAUAUUUGCAAGUAUUUUAUUCUAAAUGCAGUAAGCUUUUGAAACAUAUUUGCAAAGUCAAAUACCAAUGCAAAAUCUUGAAAAAUGUACGCUCCUUUCAUUGUUUGCAAGUAAAGUUUUGUAUGUGUGCAUGAUUAAUGUUGCUGUCUAGUUCACAAUAUAUCUGUUUGUUCUAAUUUCAACAAAUGAAUAGAAUUUUAAUAAA